AUGAAUGUCUUCCUCAGCCGACUUCACCGGCACUACACUGGGGAGACAGCCGUGACCCCAGUCGAUCUCACUCCACUUUAUCGUUAUUUUGCUACCAAUGACGCAAAGCAAGCUGAGCAAUUCUGGACUCACUAUCUUUCUGAUUGCCUACCAGGUAUCAUCACCAGCCAUGGGGAAAACAAUGGUUCAUAUGAAGUUGUCGAGAAGAAGUUAGCUCUCCCAUUGUCCAAUAUCUCCAAAUACGCCUCCCAAAAUUCCACUACUGCGUCCAUGGUCUUGGAAACGGCGUGGGCUAUUACUUUGGCAAAGCACUUGGACCAGAGUGACAUUAUCUAUGGCCGAGUAAUGAACGGCAGAGGAAUCCCAGUAGGGUCAGUGGAAUCAAUGCUGAUCCCCCUCGUCACAACGAUCCCUGGUCGGUUUCAGCUUCCUUCUGGUCAAUCGAGGGUGCUUGACCAGCUAAAGACGCACACUGAAGCCAUCAUCGGAUCCCUACCAUACCAACACACCCCACUUCGCGAUAUUCAGCGAUACGCUAAUGCGUCCGGUCCACUGUUCAACUCGAUGUUUUCCUAUCUUUCAUAUGGUCCUCGGUCACCAGCAGACAAUAUUUUGUUGGAAAUGGACAGUUCCAUGUCAGUGGACUACCCCCUUGCACUGGAGAUUAAAGCGGAGUCAGAUCACGACACAGUCACUUUGCGUUUGAGAAUUGCGAGUGAUGAUUCUUCCACCGAGCAAGGUCAUGCGUUGGUGGACGCAAUUUCCACUCUUGUUGAAGACUUGCUUUCUGACGGAGAUGUGAUCAUUGAUGCUGGAAUGAUCUCUCAGCAACAGAGAAAAGAGCAGGUCAAAUGGGACGAAACGCAAUGGACCGAAGAUGAAACUGCUAUUCGCCGAGCUGUGGCUGAAACAACCGGUAUUCCUGAGUUGCAGGUAUCUAAAAAUGUGUCAUUCUUCGCUUUGGGAAUUGACUCUGUCAUCUCCAUUCAUCUGGCUCGGCGCUUACAAGAAAAUGGACUUAAAGUGUCUUCCAGCGAUAUUCUGAGAUAUCCAUCUAUCGGCGCUCUCCACAAGUCCUUGGAUAACAUCAAUGUCGUCUCCAAUAUACCGCUCACUGAGGAAACUACCAUUGAUCAGGAAUUACGUGUUGAUCUGUUCGACACGGAUGAUUCAAUUAUUGAAACCUAUCAUUGCACACCCUUGCAAACAGCGAUGAUUGGCCAAUGUUUGAGCUCCGAGGGUAAAGAAUAUGUACACCACCAUUCAGUUGAGCUUGCGAGCACAAUCGACAUCGAUAAAUUGAUCAAUGCCUGGCAAAAUGUGGUAGAACAGGUCGAUAUCCUUCGUACCUCAUUUCACCGGCCCCGGGCAAGUCGUGAAUUCCAUGCUGCAGUCCAUCGAUCUUCUACCAUACAGUGGUCACAUUAUGAAGAUGUUGUAUCACUUCCUGAGGCCGUUGAGCAAAUAUCCCAGCGAGCCGCCUACCCGAACAUCAAAAGCUUUGACAGGCCACCAUGGCAGAUCACCUUUCUCACUGGACCUUCCCAGCGACUUAUGGUCGUUACUAUGCAUCACUGUCUUUAUGAUGGGUUUUCUCUUCCCAUGCUCUUUACUUGUGUGGAGCAACAUUACCAUGGUAAUCAAAGCCAUGUGGACUUGUUUGCACCUGUAGCACGCCAUAUCGCAUCCACACAAGAAUCAUCCGUCCAGUUUUGGACCGACGCAGUAGCGGGGUACCAAUACCCACAACUGCAGUCUGCUCCGGCCUCUGUCCCGACGACCAGUGUCCAGUGGGCAGAGACCAGGCUUGAGAGCUCAAUAGCCAGAUUGCAAUGUCAAUGCGGCUUACUUGAUGUUACCAUACAGACCGUGGCGCUGCUUGCUUUUGGGAGGUCAUUGGCAUUGCGUCUUGGUCAGCGAGACGUGGUAUUUGGUCAUGUAGUAUCAGGACGAGGAUUUGAUGUUGAUCCUACGGCUUCGGUUAUUGGUCCACUAUUCAAUACCGUGCCUCUCCGCUUGAAGCUUGAUUCUACUUCCCAAAGCACCCGAUCGGCCUUGCGAGAUAUCCAAAUGUUUUGUAUCGAUUCCCAACCUCACCACCACGCACCGUUGAGUCUUAUUCAAAAGAGAUGGCGUCUGGCAACUAAAGGAGACAACUCAUCAUUAUUCGAUGCCAUUUUCACUUUCAAUAAAUCGAAAGAUCCAAAAGAAGGUUCAUUUUUCCAACCAUACACGUUUGCUCGCAAGCCUGACGUUCCCCACCACCGCCUGAAUGUGGAAUUUGACCAGACUGAGGAAUCACUUGUGAUCCGGGCAACCAGUCGUGAUUUCCUGACCAACGACGAGCUCCAUAUUUGGAUACAGAAUCUUGCCCGGGGUAUUGAGAAUCUCGUUGCAUCUGAAAAUGAGCCAAUUGUCAAUUUCCCUUCUGGGCUCAGUGAUUUACCCUUGGUCGCCACGGGUCCGCAUCAGGAUGCUGAGCAGCCUGUAGACACACUUGUCCUGGGGCAAAAUGUGCAAAUACUUAGGACAGUCCUUUCAGAUGUUACCCAAAUAUCGAUAGACACUAUUCAGGAGUGGAACAGUAUCUUCGCGCUGGGAGUCGAUUCCAUCUUGGCGCUAGAUAUAAGUGCUCGCUGUCGCGAGGCUGGACUAAUGGUCUCAGUGAGCGAUAUUCUCCAAGGGCGGACAAUUCGGGGAAUCGCAAUGCUCGUUGCCAAUAAGCACACUCAACAUCUUGGCUCAACAAAAGCCGUUGAAGCCGAUAAUUUCAUUGUCGACUCAGAUCCAAAAAUCAAAGCAUUGGAUGUACUAGGUCUAUCGGAACAUAGUGUUGAAACAGUCAUGCCUUGCCUUAGUGGCCAGCUAUUCUACAUAUCUGCGUGGCUCCAAAGCAAGCGACAACUGUGGGAAUUCACUUUUGCGUUUAAUAGUCGCAUUAAGCUUGACCCGGAACAAGUUCAAGGCGCCUGGCUACAGCUACAGAGAAGACACACAAUCCUUCGCACAUCAUUCGCAGCCGUGUCUUCAAGUGAAGUCUUGCAGGUUGUUCAGAAUGGGAGCAAAGCCAAUGGAGAAGUUCAGGUGUACAACGAGCAAUCCACUGGAGACCUGAAUGCAUCGGUUCAAGACUUGGUUCAUCGCCUUUCUCGCAACCCUUCGAACCUCUUCACACCUCCUGCUCGGCUACAUCUAAUCCAGCACCCCAACUCGGACGCUCUUGUGCUUACCUUGCAUCAUGCUUUGUAUGACGCUUGGGCAAUUACAAUUCUUGUCAAGGAACUUGAAGCGUUGUACCAGGGAGAGAACCUAGCACCUCCAUGCGAGUUUUCUUCUUUUGUAACCAGCACUCUUCAAGCAGCGAACUCCGAAUCUGCACAGAGCUACUGGGAAGGGACACUCGGGGUGGGCGAGCGGACUAUCCUCGGACCAGGUCUUGCUGGUCAUGAGGGCGCUCUCCACGUUCAAUCCUCUGAGCGCAUAUUCUCUCGGAAGCUCGGCGAAAUACAAGCUCAAUGCCGGAGAUUUGAAGUUUCUGUGCCUUCUUUGAUGCUGCUGGCAGUAGGUCGCAGCCUUGCGCGUACCGCGGACAUUGCUCAUCCAACAUUUGGCCUUUUCCAAUCUGGGCGCUCACGCGAGUAUCCGCAAAUCCAAGAUAUGGCAGGUCCUACCGUUAACAUGCUACCACUGGUAGUCCCAGAUGCUCUGACGUCCCCAACUCCACAGGCCUUGGUCGCCAUGCAGCAUGACUUGGUUCAGCGAAAUCUCCAUGAUCAGACCGAUCUUCGGACUCUCUGUGAGAAAAUGAAAGCAUUCGGGAAUGAGUUACAAUUCAAUGUCAUUGUCAACAUUGUUUGGGGUCAACUCAAUGGUUCUGCUGCUGAACAAGACAACGAUUCCAUUUUCGUACCCUUACCCGUUGACUCUCCGAUCAAUUCUGUGUUCGAAGAACCACCGGUUGGGGAAACCUCUGUUGAUCAGUUUGACUGGAAAGGUCUGCCCGGCGUUGGCGCUAUUUAUUUGGAGGUGAGCUCUAGCGAGCGAGACGAUGCGCUGCUGUGGAAGGUUGAGUAUACACCGGAUUUGAUCUCAAAUGACCAGGCUGAGCUAUUUUUGGACACUCUGGAAAAGGAGAUGAAUAAUAUUGGAGAGGCUUGA